AUGUUUCACUUCAAUAUUAUUGGCCGAAGCUUCCGAGCCAGUUCGCAGAGGGCCGUACCUCGACUUCUUCCUCACUAUCUGGAGCGUUGUCUGCUCCUCUUCAUUGAUCUGCUAAGCAUGCUGAUGACGCGCCGCUUCCUGCAUGCUAUUCUUGACGAUCGCCAUUUUGUGAUCCGUUGUCAGUCGGCUGAGUUUACUCGUCUUCAGCAACCGCAAAGUCGUUUGUUCAGUGAGCUGGUCGACAUGCUUGUUGCCUAUGACCGCUUCCCGAUUGAUGCAGCUACUGGCGAACCUUUGGAUGACUCUGAUCGAAUUUUUGUGAAACUACUUCCUUAA